AUAUUUAGUUCGUGUCAUACCUGCGUUGACUUACCGCGAGAACAGCCAGAGCAGCACAGGUGAAUGCUAAUUGACUACGCUACCACGCUAUGUGAGGGACAGCUUUCGUAGGAAGCAGCACUUUGCAGGGGUAUGAAACAUGCCGAUGAACAACAACCAGAAGGUGCAGACUGCAGCUGCCAGACUGGCCAAGCUGCCCGUGGUUCGCUCAGCUUGUAUCAAGCUGUCAGUCUUGUACAUAGACACUAAAUGCAGCCACCCCAACCUGCGGUCUGUGUGUGAGGUGCUGGAGAGCAGUGCGACAGCUAUAGGCACAGCAGUCAUUGUUAAACUGGAGCCCCAGCUUUCCAUUGCAAAUGACGUUGCAUGUAAAAGUCUUGACUGGCUGGAGACAGCGUUCCCAGUGCUUCACAAACCUACAGAGCAGAUUGUUGCCACUGCCAAGAACAAGAUGCACGAGAUCCAGGAUGUGGUGAGCAUUGCAGCUAAUGGAACUAUGGACUGUGUGCAGCACACAGUCACAUGGCUGAAGGGCAGGAUACAGCAGGUUGAUGACCAGGCUGACCAGUCACUUGUGGAGAGAACCAUCAGCGUGGCCAGUGUGGGACUGGACUCUGCUCUGAUCGUGUCAGAGGCCCUGAUGGACCGAGUGCUUCCUCCCACUGAAGAAGAUAAAGAAGAAGAAGCUCACUUGUUGGAGGGUUUUGAGGCGGCCACACUCAGCAGUUACCCUGUGCGACUGGUUUCACUGGCUGCCAAGUUCUGUAGGAGGACCUACCGCAUGGUUGGCUCCAAGAUGCAAUCUGUUCAGAUCAUGGAGAAUUUGUCCAGGUCACCAGGUCUGGUUCAGGACCUUCAGACCAGCUGGCUAACCUUGGCCUGGAGGAUCCAGGGACUGCCUCACUAUGUGCAGCAUCAGCUCAUGUCUGUGUUCUUGUUUACCUCCCAGAUGUACAACUUAAGCUGCCCAAAAUCCCAACAGCAGUCUAAUAAAGAUAAAAGUUGCGUCAAUACUGCUGAGACCUCAACUCAAAAGGAUGUUGUCCAGGUCUACCAACAAGCUACACCUACCUGCCGAAAGAGGCCACUCAAGAUGCCCGUGUUUGACCGUGGGUGUAAUGUUAAAGGAUGUGUUAAUGAUCGUUAAGUACUAUAAUUAUUUCAUAGACGUGUGCUGAAUUUGUCCCACAACUCUCAAGGGGGUGCAACUGAAAAUUGGUGUGAAAUAAAAGUUGAAGAUUCA